UGGGAUUCUGACCAUGAUGAUUCCACCUUUGUCCGGAGAUUCACUCGACGCGAACCCUGUAUUCGCAAGGUUGUGGAAGUACGUGACAGAAGAGAUUCUCGACCGAGACGGGUCCAGAAAGACCUUGAAUCAGGAGAGGACCAAGGCUUGGAGAGAAGAAGUCGCGGAGAGGAGGAGGAGGAGGCGAAAAGACGAAGACGGAGAAGAUGACGAUGACGGACGUGUCAAGUCGAAGGAGGGAUCUCGAUUGCAAUCAUCCUACAUUAUCGGAUUUGACGACGACGACGACAUUGAGGAAGCAGAAACACCGUUCGGAUACCGAGACGAUGAUGGAACGAAGAACCGGAAGAAACAGGACCCGAGUCUAGAAGAGGUAUUACACAAGACGAGGGUGGAAAAGAUGAGGAUCCAAGUUUUGAUGGAUGUUUUGAGAGAUGUGGCAUAUUCUGCCGACAACACCUCCGCUCCCAUUCCUGAUUCCGGUACUGUUUCUGAAAAAGACACAACUCGAGGCGGAACGACGCAUCCGCAACCACAGACGCAUACACUAUCCACCAACCAAAAUGCAAACAUGUGCAUGAAUACAACCACAUUCAAGGACAAUUUGCUAGUCAUGACAUCCUACUUGGACGUCGUGUUGUGGCAAGGGUCGAGAGAUUCUGAUGACGAAAAAGUACCGGUGCUAUCACGAGCGGAGCAAGACUUGUUGGUUGAAGACGUGGAGGUCUUUGAACAAAACAUACCCUUCGUAGCGAAGUUGGUAGGACAAAGACUGGUCGAGGUUGAUCAAGGGUUAGGUGAGAUGAUUAGUUUGUCCAACACCACCGACACUCAUACGAACGAACAUGAUCAAGAUCAACGACACCAAACGAAUCCGACUGAACCAAAAAAGACCCUCGUAGAGAGUCUACGCCAAAAUCAAGACCGCUCGGCGUUUCUGCGGUCCUCAAUCUCCCCACGCCUCUCGACCUUGUCCGAGACAAUCACCCGUCUGACGUCUUUGCAGCGUGACCGGUUGGCCGACGAGAUCCGGAAGCUCGAAGUGACCAAGCACGGAGUUGUAUCUAGGCACGCACAAUCCAAAACCCUCUUCCUUGUCACGGUCGCUCGCGCCAUGGACCUCAAACUUCGACUUUUGUUGGUCGAAGUGCGCAAACGAGAACAAAACGGUGAAGCGACCAAAGCAAAAAAGGCCGUCACAAGAGAAAAACUGAGCCAGAUUGAGCGAGAAGACUCCGAGGUCAGUAGGCGAAUCGAAGAGUUGGAACGUCUGGUGGGCGAGUACGAUUCCGUCGAUGAUGAUGAGCACAUCAUUUCCGGUGGCGCCGGUGCCGGUGGAGGUAGUGUCAUGACUAGACUUGGAAAACGUUACGGAGAGAUUGAAAGGGAAAUGGAAAUGGUCAAGGCUGAUGUCGAGAAAUUACAACAGCGAUCAAAAACGAAAACAUGGUAAACUAAAGGCAACACAGAAAAAAAGGGGCACACCGCACAUGAGAUAGGUUCAUGUUAGCAUGGGGAGACGGAAAUUUCAAGGAUUCCCAUACCCAUCGAUUGCUCUCUUGCUCUAUGCUUUACUUCUGGACGAGGGUCACGACCCAUCCCCCCCUUUCCCCUUCAGACCGGUAUGACCGCCAGCCCGGCAGGGAAGCAUCAUAGACCUCGAG